AUGGUUCGGGCGGCGCGGAAAGAGUGGCAGUGCGGCGUGGACCGGAAGAGCCUUCCGCUUCCUGGGCGGCCAUCUUGGAUUUCUUCCCCGGGGAGGCUCCGGAGGGCUCUGUGGCGGGCGGAGACCAUGAAGCCCAUUCCGGCGGCAGCGCGGUGCCUCUCGGUGAGUAGCAGCGCCCUGGAGGCGGCGGCGGUGAAGGGGCGGGAGCCCGGAGCGAGAGAGGCGCCUGGGCCGGUGAAGGCCCGAUGGAGGAAGCGCAGCGCCCGCUUCCCGGGAGCGACCUUGACUCGGGCCUUCGACCGGGGAAGGAGGGGAAAGGGAAGGCCGGCGCCUCAUCCAUCUCCGGGCGUCGCUCCUCCUCCUCAGCAGCCGCUUUGGGGAGAGAAGAGGGUGGUGACAGACCCCUCUUCUGCCGGGAGGCUGAAGGUCGCUGCAGGAGCCCCGAGGUCGGCCUGCCCCUGGAGCCCCAGCACCAUCUGAAGCGGUCAGUCGGCGUUUCCCCUUUUGACGUACGCAGGACAGAAUGCUGUUCGCUCCGGCAGGGGGAAAAAUGACCGUUGAAAACGAAGGAAAGAAAUCCCCGCACGGAAACACCCCCGGCCACAAAUUAGUCUCUAGGGAGAACGGCUAAGCUAUUUAUUUAUUUCGUAAAAAAAAAUACGCAUCGCUUAUUGCAAACAACGGCAACACAUCCAAGUGCUUUACAAAAAGAGGAAACCAGAAAAUUCAGGAGAAAUUGCAAGAACAAGAAGCUAAAAGCAGAUUAAAAUUCACAUCAGCGUUUCUAACUAAGCAUCAGGGUAGGGUUGUCUAAGGUAAAAAGGUAAAGGACCCCUGGACGGUUAAGUCCAGUCAAAGGCGACUAUGGGUUGCUCCGCUCAUCUCACUUUUCAGGUCGAAGGAGCUGCUGUUUGUCCACAGACAGGUUCCUGGGUCAGAGCAAUAGGAGCACACCCCGUUGUGCAGAUUCGAACUGCCGACCUUCUGACCCGCAAGUCCAAGAGGCUCGGUGGUCUAAACGAUGGUUUUUAGUGAAUGUCUGCUUGAUAUCCAUAGACUUGGAACAUGGACAUUCUUGUUCCUGGCAUAUUUACUUUGUGCCAGUUAUUUAUUUAUAACGUAGUACAUAUAUUCUCCAGGGAACUCAAGGAGCCAUACAUAUUUCUCUUACCCAGUUUUAUCCUCACAACAAUCCUGUGAGGUAGUUUAGGGUGAGAGGCAGUGUUAGGCCCAAGGUCACCCAGUGAACAGCAUGGAUGAGUUUGAACCCUGGUCUCAUAGGUCCAACCCUGGUCCAACACACUAACCACUACACCACAUUGCUUAUCUUUCAAAUUUAAUUGGUUGAAAUGUGUAUGGAUCUAGCUUACCAUUGUUUGUUCUCUCUUAUUAGAGGAGAUUUUAUUCUCUCAAGACUGCGCCUAAAGUUGAAGCCCCUGGAGGAGCAGAACGGUCAAAAGUACUGCUACACCCCCAGGAUCUUGAGGUUAGUCUGAAGAGGAAGUUAUUUUGCAUUUUGAUAUUUCUGCUAAUUAGAGCAGCACAUAGUGGAGCAGUGUGAUUUCACGUAGACUGAUGUGUCCUCUUAUAAAUGCAGAUUGCAAAACUACCAAAUGGCUUGAUGAUUGCUUCUCUGGAAAAUUAUUCUCCAGUUUCAAGGAUUGGUGUCUUCAUCAAAGCAGGCAGCAGGUAUGAGACCACCACCAAUUUGGGAACUGCACACCUGCUCCGCCUUGCAUCUAACCUGGUGGGUUUCUUCUUCAACUUCUUUGACUUUAGAUUAAGGAAGCAAAGUGUUAUAUUCAGCUUAUUUAGUGUUGGUAUCCUAAAAGUGAAAUUGGGAGGCUGGAAAGGGUGGGGAGGUGAGUGGAGUACUUUUGAAAUUCUGGAAAAACAAACGUUUGUGCUACUGUGUUAAAAACCACAGAGGAGAAUACUUUUUGUUAUUUUCAUAGGAGAAAAAAAUGGUGUCAAUACAAAUUCAAGUAAAACCAUUCUCAGGCUGGCCUGUGUGUAGCAUCUACAUGAUGGGUUGCCAUUUGCCCAGGCAGUGACCAUGUGAUUUUGAGUAUCAUUAUAUUGCGCUCUCUCAGAUAUCCCUCUUUUCUUCCCCCUGCCUCCACCCAAUCAAAUGUAUAUCCUCUCCUAUCACUUCUGCUUUAUGGGCCAUUUGUUGUCCCUUCUGCACUGAUCAUACUUGUAGGUGUCACAGAGGUUGGCCACUGUAAGAACAGGAUGCUGGACUAGGUGGGCCUUACUAAUCCAGCCAGGCUUUUCAGUUAGUUGGCUUUAAAAGGCAAGUGGAUAAAUGCAUUGAGGAUAAGGCUAUCAAUGGCUGUUGAUCUUCAUCCCUGUGUACUGCCUCCUAGAAUCAGAAUGUCUCUGAACAACAAAAAGAGGGAUGCUGCACUCAUGCCUUGAUUUUUUGUUUCUCAUGAGACGCUGGUUGGCCAUUGUAGGAAACUGGAUGCUGAACUAGAAGGACUUCUACUCUUAUUUUCUUUUCGGUCUACUCUUAUUUUCUUUUUAUUUUGCUCCUUCUCUAGCCUUUUCUGCCCUUUCCUCACUCACCCUAAAAAAAUCUCCUUACCAUUCCUCAUUUUCUGAUAUUACUUUCCUCUUCUCUGCUGCCAUGACAUCUUCAGGCAAAGACAGAGCUGUCUUCAAGCAUACUUCUACCAUCACUGAAUGUCCAUUGUCUCCAGCCCUGAACGCUUCUAUCGCAGGGCCCCUUUUGGGCACUCAACAUGGUGUCACAAGAAGUCAAGGAGGUGGCCAUAGUGAUCCAUGCCAGCGACUGGCACAAGGCUUGGGGAACCAGCAGUUCUGCCUCCUCUUCUGCACCUGAAAGUGCAAGGUGCCAAGAGCUUGGACCAGCUGCUUGUGUCCCUUUGCUGUUACUCCCUCCUCAGCUGGAGCAGCAUCAGUUUAUUUGAAAGUUUUGGGCUGCACCACUUUCAAUGACCACCAGAGGCCCUUGGAGAACAAGACUGCUUUCUUGUGUUAAGGAACAGCAAAUUAGCCUUUCUGAAUCUCAGCAGACCCUGCAAAUGUAUCCAAGUAAACAUCUUCAUUUUCUAAAGAAAUGAUUUCUUCCCUUAAGGAGGCCCUGCUGGCAGAUAUUUCUAAGGACCUGCAAGCACAAAAGUGUCAGACGCUCUUCUCCUUAUUCUCCUUGUCUCUAAUUAUUCCAAAUGCUUAGCUGGCUUUGAGGAAGACCUCCCUUUAUUAAUGGAGAGGCUUUUGGCCGGAGCACUAGCAGGCUAUUAACAUGCUCUAGCACAGCUGCUCCUGGGUCCCCUGAGCAAAGUGGAGGCUGGCCAGCUGAUUAGCAGCAGCCACCACCUCCCACUUCACACCUGACAUGUGCGGCAGCACAAAGAUCUAGGCUGGCUUGCCUGCUCCUUUGCCCUAGUCCUGCACCGCUAACUGUUAUGAAUUGCAGAGAGCCCUGCUGGAUCAAGCCAUUGGCCAUCUCUUCUAGCAUCUUGUCAUGGUGGCCAGCCAGAUGCCUCUUCAAAGCCUCCAAGCAAGAACAGAAUGCAAGAACACUCUCCUCACUUGUGAUUCCUAGCAACCAUGAAGGUUGAACAUAGUCAUCAUGGCUAGUAGCUGUUGAUACCCUUAUCCUCCAUGAUUUUGUCUGAUCCUGUUUUAAAACCACCACAUUCUAUCACUGUUAUCCGGGUGGGAGAAAAGGAGGUGCAGUCUUGCUACUUUCAGUUUUGUCUGGUUCCAGCAUAAGGAUUAAGUAUAUAAUAAGCCUCCUGAAUUUCCAUAGGGUGUUUAUCUUGCAGACUAACACUGACUUAACAUGCUCUGGCUUACUCAUUAUACCUGAACAGUUUAGUGAUGCAAGCAUUGGCUCUGUGUAUUUGGUUACAAUACCCAAUGGCCAAGUUAAAACAUAUGGGUUAGAUAUGACUGAAGUUUUGUUUUGAUGCCCGCAGUUGAAAGUGUAAUGUUGGCUUUCCUACAGACUACAAAAGGAGCUUCUGCCUUCAAAAUCACCCGUGGUAUUGAAGCUGUUGGUGGUAGCCUAAGGUUUGUAAUUGUUUAAUGCUCAACUGUGUUUUGAAUAAUUACAUGGAAAUGGGAUUCCUCUGAUUAUGGCAGUUCAUAGUUGGAUGACUUUGAAUAGCCCAAGGCAGAAGUACUGAAAAAUAAGGGUGGGUGGGUUUUUAAAAAGUGAUUUUUCAUGUUUUAAUCUCAAGGCAGGCUUCACUUAAACAUCUGUCCACUAUCCAAUUUUAAUUGCACUUCCCCCUGCAAUAGUUCUUUCAUUUUUUUUUAAAUGAUAUUUAUUAAAGGUUUAGAAAUUACAAAAAAGACAACAAAAAAUUUAACAGGACAUACAAUACAUAAAAAGAAAAGCAUAGAAAAACAAUACAACAAAAACACUAAAGCACACAUCCAAUAUUCCAUAUCUUUACCUUUCAUUUGCUUGUUUCAUCGACCUCCUCGCACCUCCCUUCUUUGUAUUCUAGAUCAAUUAAUUGUUUCAGCAAAUUCUUUCCAUCUUUCUCAAUUUUUGUUCUAUAAUUUAUCUUAACGGUCUAACCUUAAAUUUUUCAUUUUGGCCCAUUAUCAAUCAGCUUUUACUUAAUUCUUUAUUACAUUACUGCUAAAACCAUAUAACUUCAUUCCCCCUGCAAUAGUUCUUUCAAAAACGAUUCCCAGUUUCAUCCUGGAGUUUAAUUAUUUUGUUUUAUAUGUGCUUCCUCAAGCAUGUUGGUAUGUAGAACCGUGGCACAUGGUUCAACAGUAGUGAUAUCAGCGCAGAAAGGAAGUGUAAUCACAGUGAAAGAGAGUCCUGUAUUUUUCAUAUAUGCUCAUACAGUGGUGCCUCGCAAGACGAAAUUAAUCUGUUCCGCGAGUGUCUUCGUCUAGCGGUUUUUUCGUCUUGCGAAGCAACCCUAUUAGCGGCUUAACGGAUUAGCGCUAUUAGCGGUUUAGCGGCUAUUAAAGGCUUAUCGGCUUAGCGGAUUAGCUGCUAAAAGGCUAUUAAAGGCUUAGCGGCUUAGAUAAAGGGGGGGGGGAGCGAAAAAAAUAUCUCAAGACUCGCAAGACAUUUUCAUCUUGCGAAGCAAGCCCAUAGGGAAAUUCGUCCUGCGAAGCAACUCAACCCUUUCGUCUAGCGGGUUUUCCGUCUUGCGAGGCAUUCGUCUUGUGGGGCACCACUGUAUAAACCAGGGGAAAGGGGCCACAUCUCUAGAAACAUAUGACUUUGCCUGGGGCAUGAUUCUCACUUAGAGUGAGAAGUCAGGAGUGGCUGUGUCUCAGUGGGACAGUGCAGGCUUUGCAUGCAGAAUGUUUUUGGCUCAGUUCCCGGCAUCUCGAGGAAGGACUUGGAAAAAGUCUAGUAAAAAAUAUUGGAGAUUUUGCCAGACUUUGUAAACAAUACUGAGCUAAAUUGACCAAUGGUAUGAGGUAACUUCCAGUGUUCCAUCUCCUUUACUGCACCUGAAGCUGGGUUGCUUCGAAGUUCACAGCUUCGAAGUUCACAUCGUGAUAAUUGUUUCAUAAUAUUUGAGCUGGCAAUAUUGUGUGAAUCACGAAGUGUGUAAGGGCUAGGCCAGUGAUGGCCAAACUUGGCCCUCCAGCUGUUUUGGGACUACAACUCCCAUCAUCCCAAGCUAACAGAACCAGUGGUCAGGGAUGAUGGGAAUUGUAGUCCCAAAACACCUGGAGGGCCAAGUUAUCAGGCGAUAGGUGAUAUCUGGUUUUCAACAUCGCAAUAACUCACCAGCUAAACUGCAGUGUUAUCAGCAGCUAAACGUUGCAAUGUUAUCACCAGCUAAACAUUGCAAUCUACCACAAUGUCUGAAAUAAGGAAGGAACUAUACAGAGGUGAACAGGACAAUGUCCAGGCAACUGCUACUGCUUAGGGGCCUAAAACAGAUAAAUGACAAUCUUAUCAAUCAUCACACACUCAGUUUCAUCAGCAGGCAAGCCAAAAUGAAUCCCAGUAGGACUUUUGGUUCUGGGCUUGCCUACCAAAUGGUGAUAUUCAGGACAAUCCAAAGUAUGGCGAUGAGUCAGUGAAUACAAAUAAUGUGGGACUGCCAGCAGACCUGCUAGGAGGCAGAAGCAGCUGGCCAUGAUGGUGGUAUGUGUCAGCAGUAGUGGUGAUAACCUGCAAGGCCUGGUGGUGGCGGCACAAUCAGUGGUGGCCUGCGAGUCCUCGUGGUGGCAACUGGACGAGGCAGCAGUAACAGCGGCUUUUAUCUCCUUAUUUAAUAUAGUGUUAUUGCAGACUCUUGUGAAUCAGAAUCACAUGGCUUGUAUCCGGUGCUGACCAUACUUGGAGUAAACCAAUUGAAGUUAAUAAACAUGGGUAACUUGCGUUCAUUAAUUUCAUUGGGUCUACUCUGAGUAGAACUUGAUCGGCUACAACUCUUAUGUCUUGUUUUAUGUUUCUCAGUCAGAAGAGUUUCAGCAUUGCAUAAUUAGUAGUUUAUUAUACGGUUGAAAGAUAACUAUUCAAGGGGACUCUUACAAUAGGCGGUAUACAUGUGUACUGAAUCUGCAUGUGGGUAUUGUGGUUUAAGGUAGAAAACAUUAAUAACAAAACAUUUAAUUGUAAGCAAGCCCACAAUAGGAUUGUAAACAGAAGGAACCAGUAACCUCAUAUCAACUUUUGAACAAUGUACUUUUUCUUUUUUUAGUGUGACAUCUACCAGAGAGAACAUGGUUUAUUCCGUUGAAUGCCUGCGUGACUAUAUGUAAGCUUCUAGAUGUGUAGCAAAUCAGUUUUCAACGCAUUCUGUAAGCAUUCCCAUUGAUAAUGCAACAGAACAUCAUUGCAUAAGUAAUUUUUUGUUCCUGCCCUUGAAAUACACAGUUUGACUUUAUUCUGAGCUAUAAAUAACAUGGCACAUGUUUAUCUGUGGGUCUGUUCCUAAAAGGAUUGUCAGGAAGAAAACACAUCUAUUAAUUCUGCCCUUGUUCGUUACCUAACUCCCUGUCUCUCUCUCCCCCUGCCCCCCGUCAGUAUUUUGAUUGAUUGUAAGCUUCUUGGUCCAGGAGCCGUGUGUGUUUUCCUUAAGGUGCCAUGUAGAGACUAGGUAACUUUUGAGUCCAGUCUUAAAUUCUCAGAAGGAAUGCCAUUGAAAUUCGUGCUAACCCACUUACCUUUGAAUUUUUAUAUUUUAACAUCAGCUUGCCCUUGAUCUGCUCUCUAAUAUUUUGAAGCCUCAGUUGUUUGAUCCUUUCUUGAUACAUGAUGUUCUUCCUUUAUUCAGUGAUACCGUUUUGGAGUAUUUAUUAAAUGUCACAACGGCCCCAGAAUUCAGGCGCUGGGAAGUGGCUGAGGCCAAUCCCCGUUUAAGAAUUGACAAGGCAAUUGCCUUUCAGAAUCCUCAAGUUGGUGAGUGUUCCUAAUCUGCUGGGGGCUACGAGGAGUAUUUCUUUUAAGAUUGUACAAGUAUGAAACAAUCCUUUUGAGUGGAAUAGUUUCCCCCUGCCUAUGGGUGGAUAUCUUGUGUGCCCUCAACAACUGAUACAGCUUUAAAUGAAUGAUUCCAUAAUCUUUUAUUGCUGACAUUUGCAGUGAUAAAGGGGGCGAUGGAGUUCUUUCUUUAAAAACAUUAUUCUCUGCCAAGCAGAAUUUAAGGAGCAGCAUUUUUUAAAAAAAUAAAUAAAUGUAGGGCUGCUUUUUAGUGGAACAAAGGUAUGUGUGAUUUAAAUCUGAGUGGACCCACACUAGGACCUUGGAUAUGCCUAAAACUAUCUUUUCGAUCCUUACCCAACAUCCAUGGUCCAGCAAACUAUUUUGCAGAUUGUUUAGACAGAGCUAAGUGACAGUUUGUUUCCCAGAGUGGAUUUGAUUUGCAUAUUCUGCAUGAACAGGGGCUUCACCUUAGUAUUGAAGGGGAAGCUCCACACAAUCGAUGAAAAACACAUUUCUGUAGAGCACAGCUUGGGUACAAAUGAUUCACUACAACAAGUAAACAAACCUUCCAUUGUCUUAUGCAUAGGUGUUCUUGAAAACUUGCAUGCAGCGGCUUAUCGUAAUGCCCUUGCCAACUCCUUGUACUGUCCAGAUUAUGUUAUUGGGAAGAUUACUUCGGAACAAGUAAGAGUUUAAACAGCACUUACUAUACUUAAUUAUUGUAGAUGAAGAGAAGCUUGGCACUAAAGACAUCAACUUAAUUGCAACGCUCGUCUCUUCCCUGCCCUCCUGUUGCUGUUUUGCUUCCAAUUCUCAUCAGCCCCGGUCAGCACAGCUUAUGGUUAGGGAUGAUGGGAGUUGUAGUCUGGCAACAUCUGAAGGGCCAGAGGUUCCCUGUCCUAUGAUUUAUACUUGCUCAGCAAACCAUAAGUGAAAACCAGGGUUUGAUCCUGGUUAAUGCAAGCCAUCCUUUGCCUGCUUGAAUGCAACUUUGGGUUCUGGAGAUGUCUCUUUUCAAAGAAGCAGUGGUAAAAGAACAACUUAAAUUUACCUUGAAAGUUUUUAUUUGUAAGGAAGAUGCCAUCUUUUUUGAGUACAGUGGUACCUCUGGUUACAAACUUAAUUCGUUCUGGAGGUCCAUUCUUAAGCCUAAACCAUUCAUAACCUGAGGCACGCUUUUGCUAAUGGGGCCUCCCGCUGCUGCUACCGCAGUACUUCCGCUUGCAUCCCGGGGCAAAGUUUGCAACCGGGACCAUCUACUUCUAGGUUAGCAGAGCUUGUAACCUGCAGCGUUCGCAAGGAGGACAGUACACAAGGUUCCACUGUAGUGGUUUGGAAGCGAAUUUCCUCCCCUAUCUGAGUGUAUUGAUCCUACCUGGAACAUUUCCCCUUACUUGGUUUUGGUUGGUUUUUCAACAGUGUAAUCCUAUGCAUGCCAACUGAGAAGCCCCAGUGAAUUCAUUGGGGACUUCCCCUAGAGUAAGUGUAUUGGGCUGCAGUUAUAAAGCAUCAUGUUGCAUUUUAACACUUGUUUCCACAAGCUGUUGCACUUAAUCAAAAUAUUUGUGAAGAUGUUUAAAACUGGUGUCACUUAAACCAGUUCUGUUCUGAAAUGCCUCAAACGCUAAGGCUCCUCAAUGUGCUUUUUUGGAAGUGAAGCACAGUCAUAGUCCAGGCAAACAACUUAUAUAAGGUAAAUUUUUUAAAAUGGCCCCUGGGUAGCUCAGUUGGUUAGAGCUUGGUGCUGAUAAUGCAAAGGUUGCAGGUUUGAUCCCCCUAUGGGACAGCUGCAUAUUCCUGCAUUGCAGGGGGUUGGAUUAGAUGAUCCUCGGGGUCAGUUCCAGCUCUACAAUUCUAUGAUUCUGUGAUUACCAUGUCUUGCUUAUGAGCUUCUCGGAAGCAUCUGGUUGGCCACUGUAAAAGCAGGCUGCUUGACUCGAUAGACCUUUUGGUGUGAUUCAGAAGGACUCUUAAGUUCUUAUUUUAGUUAUGUGGCAGAAAUACUAACACGCACACCCUCCUUUUCAUCACAGCUGCACCAGUUCGUACAGAACAACUUCACAAGUGGCAGAAUGGCUCUGGUGGGGCUCGGUAUGUAAGGCAAGAUCUGUGUCUUGUGGCUGUGCUGUGUUCUUUUAAAAGACAAAAACACCUUUUGCCGCAAACCUCUGGUUUGUUCUUCUGAUGCUAACACUGCCUUUCAGGUGUCAGCCAUUCUGACCUGAAGCAGAUUGGAGAGCAUUACCUAAACAUCCGCAGCGGGUCUGGCUCAGCUGGUGAGAAGGCCAAGUACCGUGGAGGUAAAUGUGCUCUCUCUUUUUUGGUACCUGCAUAUUUCUUGAUAAUUCUAUAGCAGUGCUGCUGAAUUAGAUUGAUGGGGUGAGUCCAUCCUGCCUUCUGACAUCUUGCUGUGGGGCCAUCAUCCAGCCUUCAAACCUGCUGUACCCCUGCCCCAGCCACUGCAUUGUUGCCUUACUCCACACCCAGGGACAACCUUUCACAAAGACCAGAGAAUUCCAGCACAUGUUAUAUGGCUUGUAGAUUACUGUUCCCAAUAGGCAUAUUACAGUUUGCUACGUUUUUAUCACACCCUUCCUCCAAGAUGUUCAGGGUGGGGCAUACAUGCUUCACAGGAACAUAGGGGCCAAUGCUCAAUGCUAGAACAUCUGCUUUGCAUGCAGAAGGUCACAGGUUCAAUCCCCGGUAAUUCCCAAGUACAACUGGGAAUGUCCUGUAUGAAACACUGGAGAGCCAUUACCAGUCAGUGCAGACAGUUCAAUGGUCUUAUUCAGCACAAAGCAGCAUCUUUUCUUUGGGGGAUGAAUGGUAGAACAUCUGCUCUGGAGAGAACCUUUCCUGAACCCCUGGAGAGCUACUUCCAUCAGCGUAGACAAUACUAGGCUGGAUGGACCCAGUGGCCUGAUUCAGUAUAAGGCAGCUUCCUAGGACUCCGUGUUCCUAACUGCCAGGCUGGGGCUAUUUUGCCAUCAAGGCCAUCCUUCCCCAAUCAAUAUGGUGCUCUCCAAACUCCCAUCAUCCCUGAUCAUUAACCGCACUGGCUAUGGCUGAUGGGGAUUGUAGUCCAAAACAGUUGGGAAAAGUUGAUCUAGGCCUUUAUCAUCUGCUCUUGCUGGCAGUGAUCAUCCAGAGUCUUGAGUGGGGAGAGGCCUUUCCAGACGCUUGCUGAUGUAACUGGAGAUGUCAGGAAAUGAAUCUGGGACCUUCCCCCUGCAAAACAGAUGUUCUCCCACAGUGCUGUUCCUAGUUCUCACAACAGUCCUGCUGGGUGAGAGCAUGUGACUUACCUUUCAGUGGAUUCCAUUGCCAUCACACCACUUUGGCCUGUGCACUUUGACCUGCUGCCUGCUGGGCAAGGGCCAAAUUCUAAGGCUGCUGUAGUUUUUCAGGGUACAGAAGAAAAUGAAUUUUCUUGUCUACUUGAUCACCUUGAAAAUUCAGUUUCAUAAUUCAGUAGCCAUCAUGUGUCUGUCGUUGACUUGGGCCUUAAAGAUCUAGAGAAAUUCUAAGCUCUCCCUCUAGCAUACUUCGUGGCAGUAGCAUUAACAUCCUAUCUGAAAGUCACUUUGGCUUCUAUCCGAAUUUGUGUUUUGAUUGUGUUAGUUUUCAAACUGCAUUCUAGGGAACUUUGUAGUUUCUUAGGAGGUGGCUUGAUAACGCUACCAGUUUCAUGGUGGGUUUGGGAAGGCUUCUCUGUAGACGAUUUGACAGAGAAAAUGCUAUCAUUACAGGGAUUGUUGAUGUGUUAUGCUUUGAUGAGCAUAUAAUGCCUCUUUUUGCCUCUCACUAAGGUGAAAUCCGAGAGCUGAACAGCCAUAGCCUUGUCCAUGCUGCCGUAGUUGCUGAAGGAGCUGCUGUAGGAAGUGCAGAAGCAAACGCCUUUAGUGUCCUUCAGCAUGUUCUUGGGGCAGGGCCUCUGAUUAAGAGAGGAAGUAGUGUUACCAGUAAGCUCAUCCAAGGUGUUGCGAAGGCAACUGCCCUACCUUUUGAUGUAAGUAUGUAGGCUUGCACCUGUGAUUUUAAUGUGAGCAAAAAAAGAGCAGAGAAGUGUAGGGUUGUAUCCAUUGUAAGUCCUACUCAGAGUAGAACUGUUGAUAUUAAUGAACCUAAGUUAGUUAUGUUCAGUAAUUUCAGUGGAUGGAUCUACUCUGUGCAGGACUAGCACUGGAUAAAACCUGUACCCGUUUAUAUUUUGGGAAAAGCAUGCACUGGCUGGUUAGUAGCCACCAAGCCAGUUUUAAGGCUCUGCUGCUUAGAUACAGUGUCCUAAAUAACUCUGGACCCAGUUACCUGAAAACCAUUCUUUUUAUCUCCAGUGCCUUGUAAGGAUGCUACAAUCCACUAAUAGAACCUGGUUAGUUUUGCCACAGCCUGAUAAUUAUUGGUUUGUGGUAACAUGGGGGUGGGGUGGCUUUUUCAUUGGUGGUGUGGAAUGCCACUCCUACUGAAAUACGAGAGGCUGCAUCAGUAUUGGCAUUCUGCCAACUGCUGAAGACACACCUGUUUAGCCAAGCAUUUCCUUGGACUUGGACUUCUUCUCUUACUGGAUUAAUUAUACUUUUUAACUUGCUUGUUUCUUUUUAAUUUUAAUUAAGGGUUGAUUUAAUGUCCCAAUGGAAUUGUAAUUGUGUGUUUUUUUAAUCAGGGAUUUCAUACUUGAUUGUAUAGUUGUUAAACCCAGUUAGAAGUAAUUUUAGCAUAUAAGUGGUAUAUAAAUUAUUUAAGUUAUUAUCAGCAACGAUGACAACAGACGUGCGGCAGACGUCCCUUUGGAAUGAAUGGAAUUUCUAUAAGGGGUCAUGUGAUAGAAGCUCCUAAUGGUUUUUGCCAAAUAUUUCUACCAGAGCUGCAGUGUUCAGUGCAAUUUUAUAAAGUAUCUUUGAUUAAAUGAACCUAUGGAUUUAUUUUCUUAAGUAAUACAAGUAAAUUUGCAGUACAGUGGUACCUUGGUACUCGAACGGCUUGGCUCCCAAACAAAUCAGCUCCCAAACACUGCAAACCCGGAAGUAAGUGUUCCAGUUUGCAAAUGUUUUUUGGAAGCCAAACGUCCGACGCGGCUUCUGCUUGAGUGCAGGAAGCUCCUGCAGCCAGUUGGAAGCCACACGUUGGUUUUCGAACAGUUUGUGGAGUCAAACAGACUCCUGGAAUGGAUUAAGUUUGAGAACCAAGAUACUACCAAGAUACUACUGUACAAAUAAUUACAAAAUUAUUUGUAAUUUGGCAAAUGCCCUCUAAGAAGUGGCAUUUCCCACUUCUCUCAUACAAGGAGAAUUUUUCAUUUGAGAUUGUGGCUUCUGAUUGUUUUAAAUUUAUGCACAAUUACAUACAUUAACUAAAAUAUGAACAAUCAAUAAUAAACUAAUGAUAACCCUAUUUCCUAGGCCUAUUUCCUAACUCUGUUUCCUAUUUUGAAUUUUAGCCUGUCUAAACAUGGACUACUUUAAAAUGCCAAAAAUAUUUCCGCAUGAAGAAAAGAGCUUGUUGGAAUAUGCUAACUGAAAUCAAAUUUUUUUCGCAGGCAGCAGCAUUUAAUGUGAAUUACUCUGAUUCCGGACUCUUUGGCGUUUACACUGUAUCCCAGGCUUCAGCUGCUGGGGAGGUAAGUCACCAGUUGGUUUUCUCAGACCAAGUUAAUUGGAAGCACGUUCAGUCUGCAAGUUCUGAAUAAGGAUUUUUUAAACAAUUGGUAGGGUUUUAUGACAAAUGUGUGUAUUCCUGACACUGCAAGGGGUGUUUUGCUUUCAGGAAGGAUGUGCUGAAAGUAGAAAAUGUGUCCUUAAGUUGCUAUGGUCAGAGGGAUACUUUAUGAUACUUUAUGAUAGAUACCUUUAUGAAACAUCUUGUGGAUUAGCUUCUUUUACAAAAUCUCCUUAAUUCAUAUGAUUGUAAGUGGGCAAACAAAGUAAUCUGGCUCUGGAAAAGACCAUAGUGGAAGAACCCAGAUUCAGUCCUUGGCGUCUCCAGUUAAAAGAAAGGGAUCUAGUAGCAGGUAGAAAGAAGCCCCAGAGGCCUGCUAUUCUUUCUCACCCACCCACUUUCAAUCCACCCAUCCAUGCCCCUGCAGUUUGCUCAGGGGAUGGGACUUGCAUUCACUCCAGUUGGAUAUUCCCCCCAGUGCACAUUGCAGAUGCAGAAGGCCUGAUCUGGCUCAGAUUUUCCCUGUAUACAAAUAAUGUGAGGACCACACAGAGUGAUUCUCCCUCAGCCCUACAAACCUCAAGGGACAGCUCUGGCUGCAUAUGUCUAAUAAAAGUUCUAGGUAUAUGUAAAUAAAGUGGGGGCAGGGGUUGAAUUCUGACUUUUGUAGCCGGCAGCAACAUAUUUUUAUGUUUUUGAAUCAAGGUAAUCAAAGCUGCUUUGAACCAAGUGAAGGCAAUUGCCCAGGGUGGAGUCACUGAUGCGGAAGUCACAAGAGCCAAGUAAGUUAGCUUACCAGAGCUAUUCUUGUGACCUGUUCACAGCCCAAAAUCGUAUAUUAUACACAUCCCUCUUUCUGCCCCGGCGCACAUUCCUGAUAUUCGGGAAUUGUUAAUGUACAUUUUAAUCAGUUGUAUUUUUAAGUAAAGUAAGAGCUCUCGUUUUUAUGUCUAAAUAAGAAACGUGCCUCUCAUCUAGGACAAAUGAGAUAGGGUUGAGGCAUUCAGGGAAGGCGGCGUAACUCAGUUGUUGAGCACAGGCUUUGCAUGCAGAAGAUCCCAGGUUCAAACCCUGCUUGCCACCCAGUUAAAAGGUUUGGGCAGCCUAAGAUUCUAGAGAACUGACAGCUGCUAGUCAGAGUAAACAAUAUUGAUAAGGUGGACAAAUACUCUGAAUUGGCAAAUGGCUGUUUCUUAUGUAAAAUAUACAUUAUUGGACUACUUUUUUUAAAAAAGGAGCAGCAACGGAACACUAAAAUGUAUAGAAAAUCUACUUUACUCUUAAACUAUGGAAAUCUAAUAAAUUGUUAGGUUUUACAUGAUUUCAUAAAAUACAUGAUUACAACACUUUUUUGGCCUAUUUAACUGAGGGUUGUUUUUCCUCCCAUGAAGCUGGAUUUUCUCUCAUGCCUGCCUUCAAGAAUGCCUUGUGAUUUCCAGUCUCACGGAUGACUGUUUUAAAGUAAUAGGCAUCCUGUAACUUGUCAGAAUUACAAAGUGCAUUGCAAAUGCAAGUAAGACAGUGUAAAUAAAUGCACUCCACAUUAUACUUUUCCUGCCGAUUGUCUGCCAUCAUAUUUACAGAUUCCUAAGCAGGCUGCUAUGCUCAUUUUCCUCAAUAUUCUUGACAGAAACCAGCUGAAGGCGGCUUACUUGAUGUCUGUGGAGUCUUCAGAAGGCUUGCUUGAUGAAAUUGGCUCUCAGGCCCUGGCAUCUGGGGUAUACACAUCACCAAGUGCUGCGGCCGAAAAGAUUGAUUCUGUGGCCACUGCUGACAUUGUGAAUGUAAGUAAGGUGCCUGUAGAUUACAACAUAAUCAGCAGCUUUGUAUUUAGAACGGUUCCCCCUCUUCCUGUUUUCUGUAGCGCUGACAAAAUAGAUGACCUGCUUCUUGAGUUGGCCAGCAGUCCUCAUAACCCUAAUUCUGAGUGACAGGACUUUGCUCCAGUGACUCCCAGUCUCUGGAAUGCCCAUCAGAGCUGUAUCUGUGAAGUGUUGACCCUAAAUGUUUCCUUCCCCCCACACUUCCAAUGGCACUUGGCUGGUGUUACCCUUUGCGUUUGGGGCGUUUGCAGUCCUCUGUGCCUGGGUUUGCUUCUCAUUUUUGUCCUUUGCCAGCUGCCACAGAGACCUAGAUUUGGUAUAAUGCAGAAUACAAAUAUAUUAAAUGAAUGCCAACACUGGCUUUCUGCCCCACAAAUGGCUCUUCCUACACCCGCUGCAAGCCAAAUUCUAAUUCAGCAGUUCCUUUAAAGCUCAAAAAUAGCCACUCUUCAAAUACAGUGAUUCUGUUUGCUGAUUCCAAAGCGGAUGAUGCCUCAAUCACCUAACAUUUUGUCCUCUGCUAUCUUUCUGCUUUAUUUUUCAGGCCGCAAAGAAGUUUGUUAGUGGGAAGAAGUCAAUGGCAGCUAGUGGGGAUUUGGCAAACACCCCUUUUGUGGAUGAGUUGUAAGAAGUUGAACAUGAGGCACAGCCUCAAAAUGGACUCUGUUCUAAGACAGUUGUGUUGACUGUCAUUAUCGUCCUGUAUUAUUUAUGAGUUCCUAAUGCUUUGGCGCUGUAGGUUACUUUCAGUACACUUACACAAAUAAAGUGCAGAGCUCAUCCUCUUAACAGGAUUCUCAGUAUCUUUGUGUCUUCUGUAUUGUUAUGCACUUAAAGCAUUUUCUGUUGCUCUUAUGGCAGCAUCUGGUGCUUAAUAUGGAAUUGUGUAAGUUGAGCACAACCCUGAGUAUCUGCUUUUUUGUUCUGAGCUAGUUCGGUCUUGUGGCUGGUGAACUGAUUGAGGAAGCCCAGGUUAAAACCUCACCACAGCCAAUGGGUUCAUUGGAUGGCCUUGUGAGAGUCAAAAUCUCAAGAGAAUUGUUGAAUGCCUUUAAUUCUUCUAAAGUUCAAAUGCUUAAAGCAUUUUAAAACAAUGGGGUAUGUAAGUGUGCUUAAUUAAUCGUGCACACUUAACCUGCUUUAGGAACACAAAGAGCUAGUUGAAAUGGGGUGUAUAUAUACAAAAUAUAAUCCCUCCCUUUGUGGUGAUGGAGGGGAUUCACAACAUUCCAAAUUCUUCCUUAGUGUUGACACCAAAUUUAUUGAACUGUAUAAAGCAUUAAAAAGUGGGACUGGGAUGGUUUUCUUUCCCCCUUUAAAAGGUAGGAUAUAAGUAAUUAAAGGAGGGGUCAGAUAUAAAGUAGGCGUGGAUCAAUUUGGCACCACUGGGGAAACUUUGGUUGUUACGAUAAGCCAAGGGGCCCUUGACAAGCUUGAGGAUUGUACAUUGUUUGGCGCAUGUCAUACCAUCAGGCUACACGGACCAGAAUUGUGGGGUGCAGGGAACCCAUUCCUGCAUACAGAUACUGAGUUUCCAAAUGUGUGUGGGCGUGUGUGUUGCAGUAAAAUGCUAAGAACAGAAUUCCCUAAUCUUUGCUAAUGGUUCAGCUAAAAAGUGGCAAGGGUUAGAUUAAUUUCGAGUCUGGCAUAAUUCAUUUUGAAGUAAUACUGUUCCUUACCUUCACAAGCAGAAGAUGGCAAAGUUCUGCUCUUGCAGUUGUGCUAUAUAGCUUGGCUGCUAGACUUCCAGAGACAUGUCUAUAUGAAAACUGACUGUAGUUAUUUCUCCACUGUUGAGAUUAUUCUCUCCUUCCCUCGAAAGAGGGAGCAUCGCUUCUUUCAAACACCCACGUUUUCUGCUCGCCAAACAGACGAAACCCAUCAGUUGGCGGAGAGGUUGUAUGAGUGAAAAUCCAGCUUAUAACUGGAUCCAGUUUCAGAAACCCAGUUCCUGGCGGUGCAAAACUGGAACCAGUUGCCUCAUUCAACUUCUUGAGAAAAGUUUUCAAGCCAAAAUGCAUCCGACACAGUAGAGGAGGAAGAUGACAAUGAUGGCGGCGCAACACCUUUUAGCAUAGUCCAAUAUGGCGAUGAGGACGUUAAAUACAAACUUGAAAUGUCAGCAUCACUUUCAUCUUCAAAGUCCUUAUGAAUUAUAAUGUCGUUACCAAUGUCUGAGCCCACGGUAAAUGUGUAGGUUUUCCUUUCAAAGAUGUGCCAGUCUUUAGAGAUCCACUUGGGUUGCUUAGAAGUUUCAAAAGAAAGUGAUGGUACAGCUUUGACAUUAGGAAAAGCAUCGGCAUGUACAGUUCUGUUAACAGGAACCUCAGUGACUUCGGUUGUAGUAUAGAUCUCAUCACUACCGAAGCUGACGACAUGGCUCCCACCAAUAAGCUCCUCGUCGUCACUAACAUGACAGCCGCAAUCAUAAUCUUCAGAGUCUUCGCUGCUCGACCAAGCUUCUUCACUGGUGUAAGUUGACGUCCUGAAAUGAACACAACACAGAGAGUCUUGGAAAGCAGUAAUGUUGUAAGGAUUGCUUCUAUUUGAUUCAUAGAGGGCAGAUCUUAAAGAAGUGCUUUGGCCACUUGUGGCAUUUAGUAACUCGGGAAGGGGUUGCAAUUCAGUGACAGAACAUAGCUUUGCAAGCAGAACAGUCCCAGGUUCAAUUAAACAAUAGUUUCAUUGGAAACCUCUUCCCUCUUCUGGGGGUCUGCUUGCAAAAGAGCUUUCAGAUAACCCCUGUGAUGCACUUUGAAGUCCCAACAAUUGGGGCUUCAAAGUGCAGCAUUACCUGAUGUCAUUGUGAUGUCAGUUGAUUGGAUGGCCUGCUGGGGGGUUGGGAGAUAAGGAUUUAUCCCACUGGCCAGAAAAGGUUCCCCACCUUUUGUAUAGAUAGACCAGAGGCAUGCCUCAGUAUAUGUCAGCUUCCCCUGUUGCUAUAUGUUUCCUGUUUGGCCUAGAUUAUUGCUAUCAUAUUACCAAUCAACGUAUCCUACUAUCAACACCCUCCUGCAUUUUUAAAAUAAAGCAGCUGACCCUCUACUCCCUGCACUUCUGGCUUCCGUGCUGUGUUUCCU